AUGGUGAACAUCGCCCAGUUCUUGGCCUUCGCAGCCUUCGCAUGGCAGGGUAGUUGUGCGAGUAGUUCCUCGAAGCUACUCUUUGGAGAAACAAUCGUCGCUUGGGAUGACAAAACGGAGCUUCCUAAUGUCAUUCAGAACGGCUUGAUUCUUGUUGUCGACGAUCGGAUCCAAGCUGUUAGCUCACAAGCCCAACCAAGCCACCUCCCCAAAGACGUCGAGAUGAUUAACGUCUCGGGCCAAAUCAUCACCCCUGGGUUCGAACACAACGCUAGCCGAGUACUUCCCCGGCAUGGCGAGUUCGCCGCCGCAGCACACUUCCGUCCUAAGGACGUCUAUCUCGGCCAGCUGGCUGGGCUCUACGAAGCACUAAAUGCAGGAGUUACGACUACAUUAGAUCACGCCCACCAUACAUGGUCAAAUGACACUAUUUAUACAGGCUUAAACGCGUCCAUUGUCAGCGGGGGCCGCGUGUUUUGGGCUUACGCCUUUCAUGACAUCCCAGCGCUAAACUACACCAUCGUAGACCAAAUUCCCAACUUCCAGGAGAUUGCAGAGAGCUCUAUUCUGGAUGGAACGAAUACUGAACUCGCCAUCGCUUACGAUUCCUGGGGGCCUGAGCCCGGCGCCGAGGCGAAGCAAAUUGCCGGCAUGGUCAAGGAAUUCAACGUCUCCGUCUUGACGACGCACUAUCUUGCUGAACCUUGGGGCUUCGGGAACCUCCCUGAAGAUGUGUACCCAUUCGACGUGCUUAAUGGGUCUGUCCCCGUGGUCUUCUCACACGGCAGCUUCAUCACUGCUCGUGGCGCGCGGCUCCUGCGCUACACCCACCCUCACUCCUACGUGUUUCAGGACCAAGCUGCCCUCGGCGUUGACACGCACUUUACCCUUUCAACGGACAUUCUCACGCAGGCGCGUAUUUGGCUGCAGUCUGCGUGGUACCACUUCUCCGACGAGGUCAUGUCGGAAUGGCGCAUUCCGAGGAAUAAUCCUAUGAGCGUCGUGCAAGCUUUCACGUUAGCUACACGUUCAGGAGGCCUAGCCCUUCGUCGACCCGACCUUGGUGUCAUCCAGGUCGGAGCCAAAGCCGAUAUUGUCGUGUGGAAUGCGCAAGAGUCUCCUGCGCUGCUAGGCUGGACUGAUCCGAUUACCUCAGUGAUUCUGCAUGCAACCGUUGGGGAUGUUCUCCAUGUCGCGGUCAACGGAAGCUUUGUGAAGCGAGAUGGAAAGCUCACGGCCAAGAAGUAG